CCAACCACUCAACCAACGCACACAAACUCAAGCACAAACAUGGCUGUCACUACUUCUUCUUCUCCCAAUCACCUCGUCCAAGAUGUCCUCCAACACUUGUUCUACUCUAGAAGGCUGCUCCUGCACAGGCCUCUUUACCAACCUCCAGCUGUGGCUGCCGCAUCCGCUCCGGCCACCGGUCCCCCCCCGCCGUUCUCGCAGGAGAACAACCGUUUUGACGCGAAUGUGGUCAUGGUGCUCUCCGUCCUGCUCUGCGCCUUGAUAUGCUCUCUGGGUGUCAACUCCAUCAUCCGCUGCGCUCUCCGCUGCUCCAGGUUUGUGGCUUCCGACUCCGGCGGCACCGCCGCGGCCUCAGCGUCGCUCGCCAACACCGGAAUCAAGAAAAAGGCCCUGAAGACAUUCCCGACGAUGACCUAUUCGGCUGGGCUGAACCUCCCGGGGCUGGACAGCGAGUGCGCGAUAUGCUUGUCGGAAUUCGCCGCCGGCGAGCGGGUGAGGGUGCUUCCGAAGUGCAACCACGGCUUCCAUGUCCGCUGCAUUGACAAGUGGCUGAAUUCCCACUCCUCCUGCCCCACCUGUCGCCACUGCCUCAUCCAGACUUGCCACAAAAUCGUCGCCUUCAACCAGCCGCCGCCCGCCCCCGCCGCCGCAGCUACCUCAUCUACUUCGCCGCCGGAAACAGUUGCUGUCAGGAUCGCUCCCCUUGAGCCUGAAGGUUUGAUACCUAAUUACCGGGGCACCUAUAGUUAGUUUCUGUUUACUUAGGCCCCCAGAAAAAGGAAAAAAAAAAAAAGGAAGAAGAAAAGAAGAUAGUACUCGAAUUAAUUGUAUAUAGUUUAGUGCUUCUUCGACUAAUCAGCUUCCAAUUGUACUUUAAAUUGUUUCCUUCAUCAGAAAACAUUAUUUUAUGCUCAA